AUGCUGGACAUUUUGCCUCCCGUUACGAACCUCAACUUCUGCGAAGUUAACAUUCAUCUCACCCAUUCCGGCGCCGACGACGAUGUGCUAGUUCGAGUUUGGCUCCCACUCAAGCUCAAUGACUGGAACUCCCGAUUCCAGGUCACCGGCGGCGGAGGCUUCGCCACGAGUAUGGCCUUCGUCGGGCUCGCUCCAGCCAUCCAGCAAGGGUAUGCUGCCGUGUCGACAGACGGAGGCCAUGAUGAGUUCAGCUGGACCAGCUUAGAAUGGGUACUCAACCCCGACCGGACGAUAAACUGGGACCUGUGGCACAACUUCAUGCAGCGGAGUGUUGUCGAGCAGAUACUGAUUGGCAAGAAUAUCGUCGAGCAGUAUUAUGGAGAGAGACCGCGUCACUCGUACUGGAAUGGAUGUUCACAAGGAGGAAGGCAAGGAUACAUGCUGGCCCAGAAAUAUCCGGAUCUCCUGGAUGGCAUCAUGGCUGCUGCGCCAGCGCUGAAUCUUGUCUCAAUCUCGAUGGGUGGCUAUUGGCCACAGCUCGUCAUGAAAGAGGCCGAUACGUAUGUAUCUGGCUGCGAGUUCGCGUACUUCACAAAGAAGAUCAUGGAGGCAUGCGAUAUGUUGGAUGGGAUCGAAGACAGUGUGAUUAUGGAUCCUGAUGGUUGCAAGUUCGACCCAGGCAGUCUGGUCGGCAACGAAUUUGUGUGCGACGGGCAGGAGGUCAAGGUUACAGCGUCAAUGGCUGAUGUCGUGCGCAAAAUCAGGGACGGCCCACGAAGUCCACUGGGGGCCCAAAUCUGGCAUGGUCUCACGCCUGGGACCAAUUACGCAACUCUCGCAAAUAUCACCAUUACUCCUGGAGGAGUACGAUCCCAGGGCCCGAUCGCUCUGCCUGUGCUCGAGACCCUUCUCCUGCCGCCCAAUUUCAACUUGUCUUCCAUUACACCGAUUGACUAUUUCGCGCUAUGGGCACAAGCCGCCGUGGAGUGGAGUUGGACUAUGGCCACCGAAUCUACCGACCUCACAGCUCUGCGCGACUCAGGUACUAAACUUCUCACCUGGCACGGCAUUACCGAUGACGUUAUCCCGUAUCAGAGUACGGUUGAGUACCGCAAGCGAGUGCAACGAGAGAUGGGAGGUGCCAACGAAGUUGACAAAUUCUACCGCCUCUUCCUCGCACCUGGUGUCGGUCAUUGUGCCUUAGGCCUUGGACCACUGCCUACCGAUCCUCUUGCCGCGUUGGUCGAUUGGGUGGAAAGGGGUAAUGCGCCAGAGACGAUUGAUGCGGCGACCGUCGACAGUGCAGGUGAGGCCAUCACGCGGCAGCUUUGUAAGUGGCCUGCAAAGCCUGAGUAUAUGGGUAUUGGGGAUCCGAAGAGGUCAUCGAGCUGGACCUGUGUAGGUGGGACGAAGAGGUCUGAAACUGUCUAUGACUCGGAUGUUUUGAAAGCGCUUGAAGAUUGA